UGAUGAGACUCUCAGCUAACAAUGUUCAGUGGUACUAACACAGAGUACUUCAACUAACCGAAUAUACAAGUCCAAGAAUCUCUCCAUCGCUCUACUUCUACUCCAAGCCAAGUCUGUUGAACUCGAACUAUUGCGGACUACGAGAUAUUGCUCCGCCCUAAAUUUCCAAACUGGGUUUUCCAUCCAGUAGCGCGGAGCACGCGACCACAUAAUGCGACGACAACUCCAACGAUAUAAGAAAAAAGGAUACACUAGUACAGCGAUUGUCUGUUCGAUAGACAUCCACGCUCUACCCAAUUAACGAAGAAAACAUUCAUGUUACAACAAUAACAACUAUGGCAACUCCUCAAAUCGUACUUCCCGGAGAACACAUUCCAGCAACUCUGAUCCCAACAUCUCAAAAGCGCAAAAUCGGGCAUGGCCUCCUUCCAGACCCAGAAAGCGACUCAUUUAUAGCGACCAUUGGUGGCCUGUUACAAGUCGACUGGCGGAAGAAGAGCGCUCAGAUUUCAACACCCAAUGCGCGGUAUAUUCCAAAACCGGGUGAUUUGGUGAUUGCACAGUUCCGUGCUUCGUCGACAGACUUUUUCCAUUUAUACAUCAACCCUCAUUCACCCCAGGCAAUUCUGCCCCAGCUCGCCUUUGAGGGCGCUACGAAAAAGACGCGGCCACAGUUAAAGGCCAAUGAUCUUGUGUAUGCCAAAGUUGUCUCUGCGCAAAAGAACAUGGACAUCGAAUUGAGUUGUGUCAACCCAUCUACAGGCAAGUCGGAGCCCGAUGGUCUGGGGCCCUUGAGCGGCGGCAUGGUGUUCGAUGUCAGUCCUGGGUUGGCGGAACGGUUGUUGAAGAAGCAGAAUGUGCUGGCUAUGGAUGAACUCGGCUCCCGGCUUCAGGGUGGCUUUGAGAUUGCAGUGGGCAAAAAUGGCAAAGUGUGGGUGGAUUGUCCUGAGGCCGGAGUCAGGGGGAUUUGUGCGGUUGGUCGAUGUCUUUGGGAGUUGGACGAGAGGGAGAUGGGUGAGAAGGAGCAGAAGAAAUUGGUUAACAAGAUCCUGGGAGACUUGGAACGUGGUUGAACCAGGCUUGAUUUUUUCAUCCAUGCAUUUUACCAAUACGUGCGACCGGCCCAUGCUAUGCGAAAGCCGAGAGAUUUUCUCAUUGUGAAACUUGGACAUUGAUAUGAGGGUGGUCGCCACGCAAUUUUCAGGCGGCAUUGCGCGACUACAUUCUCCGUUCGGGCCUUCCUGUCUCCCUGCUGGGUAGGAAAGUGUUCUAUGACUGAAGACGAGCGCGGUAUUUCCUGCCGUUGCACUGGAGUAAGUCUUGACAUGAUGGACGGCCAGGCGCUGAAAGGACAGGAUGAAGCCCAUAACUACACUACGGAGAGGUUGCAAAGAACCAGUGCCACAUCCAGCCCCAUCUUGAGAUUGAGAGCUUGAUAAUCGGAUCUCACACCCGGUGGACACGAGGAGAGAGUAUCAUCUACUAGCCAGGCGGCUGGCCUAACAUGCAAGAAUGUGGACGUCACGCAGUACGUACUACAAAUCAAACAAGAACAAGAUAUGCUUUUUGAAGAUUUCAUUGCCUAGCUUUGUACGAAGAGUACAUCCGUCACCACGAUCGAGCCUAGUGCAAGGUCAUAAGCCUCCUCAACAGCGAAGAGAUGCUCUCCU